AUGGACAUUAAUGACAUGUUUGUCUCCCAUGUCGAAGAUGUCGAAGAUAUUAAUAAAGAAGAAAUCGUAGCUCGUAAAUAUCAGAUAGAACUUUACGAAAAGGCUAAAAAUGAUAAUGUCAUUGCGGUUUUGGAUACUGGUAGUGGAAAAACGUUUAUAGCAGUAAUGCUUAUAAAGGAAGUAGUUGCGGAAGAGCGUAGACUAAGAAUGAUUAGAAGAGAGACCAAAAUCACAUUUUUUCUUGUGAACCUCGUUCCACUUGUGUUUCAACAAGCCGAAGUAUUAAAGUCAAACUGCAGUUUCAAUAUCAAAAAAUUCUGUGGCGAAAUGGGCGUUGACCUUUGGAGUGAAAAACAAUGGGCAAAAUAUUUUGAAGAAAAUGACGUGCUUGUCAUGACCGCUCAAAUAUUUUUAAAUAUCCUGCGACAUGGAUUUAUAUCUUUAAAGCAGGUCAAUCUAUUGGUUUUUGAUGAAUGUCAUCAUACUUCAAAAAAACAUCCAUAUAAUUUAAUCAUGAGAGAAUUUUAUGAUCGUUGUCCGGAAGAACAAAAACCCAAAAUUUUUGGUAUGACAGCUUCUCCUGUGAAUACACGCAGUAACAUUCACUCAGCAAGCCAUUUAGAAAGCAAUUUAAAUGCGAAGGUAUUUACGGCAAGCGAUACAAAAGAACUUCGUAAAUAUAUAAAUCGACCCGAUGAAAUAGCCAUAAAAUAUAAUCCUACUCCACAAUAUCCAAAUACGAAAUUAUACAACAAAAUUUGGAAGGAAUGCCUUGGUGCAGAGAAACUCCAAAGAGCAUUUACAAGCGCAAGUCAAGCACUUCAAAGUCUCGGUCCAUGGUGUUCUGAUCGCGUUUGGAAAUUUAUUCUUGAUGAAAUGAUUCGAAAAGAUGAAGGAAAAUUAAAAUACGAAGACUGCGAUUCACUUGAUGAAAAUAUAAAAAUAUUAGCAAAAGCAAGAAGCAUUAUUGAAAAAUGGGAAUUUCUUCCUCCUGUUUGUGAGAUCAACAUUUUAUCGCCCAAAGUGAUGCAACUUGUUAAAAUAUUAGAUUGUUUCAAAUCAUCAUCAGAAAAUUUUUGUGGAAUUGUUUUUGUCGAACGUCGUCAAACGGCAAAUGUAUUGGAUCUUUUAAUUAAAGAGAUUGGAUCUUUAGAUUUCAUCAAACCUGGUGUUUUGAUCGGUCAUGGUUCUAGUGAAGAAGGUGAUUUACAAAUGAAAUACAAGGAACAAAAUAAAAAAAUUGGCUUUUUUCGUGAUGGAAAAAUUAAUUUGUUAAUAGCAACAAAUGUGGCUGAAGAAGGUUUGGACAUUCAACCAUGUAAUGUUGUUAUCCGAUUUGAUUUCUUCAACACUUUACGGGCAUAUAUACAAUCCCGAGGACGGGCUCGCCGUAAAGAUUCCAAAUACAUCGUAAUGAUUGAAAAUGGAAAUUUAAAAGAACAAGGAAAUUUUUUUAUUGUUUCAUCCACGGGUGCUUAUUUAAGUCACGAAUCUGCAGUUUCUUUAAUUUAUUAUUAUUGUUCACGGCUUCCAGGAGAUUCAUAUUUUUUUCCACAACCCGAAUUUAAAUUUGAAAGAAAAUCAGGAGGACAUGUCUGCACUUUAACUUUGCCAAAUAAUGCCCCUAUAAGGACAGUAACAAGUGAAAUUUCAGGUAGUCGCAGUAAAGCAAAGAAAGCGACAGCAUUUGAAGCAUGUCUACAGUUAUAUAAUAAAAAGGCGCUGAAUGAUCAUUUAUUACCAGAGGUUGAAUGGAUAGAAGAAGAUCAUGAAAUGGCAAAGCCAACGAAAGAUGAACAUGGCUUGAUCGAAGGAGCUCGUAAAUCAAAAAGAGAAUACUUACGUAAAAGUCCAGAUUUAUGGAACAUUGAAGAAGAAGAAAACCCGAAAAUUCCAGAAAAAUUAUAUGGCACCCUCUUUAUAUUGGAUUCAGGAAAUGAUGAAAUGUUUGAUGGACAAUCAUAUCGUACUUUAUGUUUAUUAACUCGCAAAAAAUUUCCGGAAGUUCCACCUAUUAAAUUAUAUUUUCAUGGUGUCUCUAAAAUUCUUAAUGUCAUGGCAUAUUCUACUCCAAUUCAAAUUGAAUUGGAAAAAUUGGAAAUAAUUUUUAAGUUUACAAUGCGUACAUUUACUUCAAUAGUUAAUAAAGAGUUUAAAUGUGAAUUUGAGAAUUUUCCAUACCUUAUUGCACCACUUGUUAAGAAUGCACCAAUCAAUGAACACUCGCUUGAUUUAAUUGAUUGGGAAGAAUUGGAAAAAGCAGUUAAUAAUAAACAUUUACCUAUUGAUAUAGACAAUAUAUCAAAGCUUGAAGAUGCAGUUAUAAUCGAUUAUUCAGAUAAUUUACGAAGAUAUUUUGCUCAAGGAAUUCAGUAUGACUUAAAUCCAUCUUCGCCCAUACCUAUAGGUAUGGCAAUUCGCGAAUCAGGUUGUCAAAAUUUUGCAGAAUAUUAUAAAAAAAAUUUCAAAGAAUUGGAAAUAAAAUAUCCAAAUCAACCAUUGUUAAAAGUGCGAAAAAUUUCAAAGGUGAUGAACUUUUUACAACCUGUACCCGGAGCGCUUCCCACCUUGAAAGGUCGAACAGCCACCUAUGUAAUACCAGAAUUUUGUAAAGAGUAUUCUAUUCGAGCUUCGGUCUUUAGAUCAGCACUUAUGUUACCAGCUAUUUUUACACGGUUAGAUUCGCAACUUUUAGAAUUAGAAUUAAGAGAACGAUUUGAAUUGCCAAUAGGCGACGAGAUACUUUUAAUAGCAUUAACGACACCGUCAGCUAAUAUGGAAAUGAAUUAUGAGCGACUGGAAACUUUGGGAGAUUCAUUUCUAAAAUUUUGUGUUACAAUAGGAUUAUACGUUUUGUUCCCAGAUAAACACGAGGGACAAUUACAUUGUCAACGUAUUAGAAUAAUUUGUAAUAAAAGACUUUAUAGAAGUGCGAAAAAACUACGACUUUAUGAAUAUAUUACUUCAUUACCUUUUAAUCGACGGGCAUGGCGACCAACAAAUAUGGUAACUACACUUGAUGAUCCAGAGGUUCUUAAACAAAAGAAGGUCCAUGAUUUAGCUGAUAAGACACUUGCCGAUGUAGUCGAGGCUAUGUUAGGAGCUGCAUAUCUGAGUGGUCAAUAUGAAGCGGCAUUAAAAUGCGCCCUAGCAAUGGAAAUUUCAUUGGAAGGUAUAAGCGAAUGGAAAGAUUUUCAUCUUAAUAAUAAAAAUCCUCCACGAAUUAAUUCCAAAGUCCUUAAAAAAAUUGAUGUUGAACAAAUUGAAGAAAUAUGUGGUUAUACGUUUAAAAAUAAAAUUUUAAUGGCCGAAGCAUUAACUCACGCUAGUCUUCCUAAUUCGUCAACAGCAUGUUAUCAACGUCUUGAAUUCUUGGGUGAUGCGGUUUUAGAUUUCAUGGUAGUUAAUUACUUUUUUGAGAAAUAUCCUGAUGGAUCACCAGGAUUGAUGACAGAUUUAAAAGAUGCGUCAGUAAAUAAUCUAAUUCUUGGAGCAAUUUGUGAAAUAAUAGGACUUCAUAAACAUAUAAUUCAUUUUUCAGCCAAAUUAAUGUCAGGAAUAACAACAUUUAUAAAACAAGUAAAUGAAAUACGAGAAAGAGGAGAAGCAAUUGGAGAAUAUUGGAGUGAUUUAGAUGUUCCUAAGGUAAUGAGUGAUGUUAUAGAAAGCAUGUUGGGAGCAGUUUUCGUGGACGCAGAAUUCAAUCCCGAAGCACCGCUUAAAGUAUUUGAAAAAUGGGUGGAACCUGUAUUGAAUAAACAUGUUACACCGGAUACAUUGAAGGUUCACCCAGUGAAAAAAUUAACUGAAAAAAUGCAGAAAGAAGGAUGUAAUGAAUUUCUUAUAAGAAACCAUACCACUGGAUCAAUAGAUGUCGAUUCUCAAAGUUGUACAAUCUUCAUUCAUGAAAAACCUGCGGCACAUGGGUCUUCUAACAAUAUUCGAGCAGCCAGAAAGAUUGCUGCCCAAGAAGUUUUAGAAAGACUUGAGAAUGAACCAAAUUAUUUGGAAUCAAUAUGUAUUUGCUCUACACUUCCAAAGGGUGAUAAAUUAUUCGAAGAUGAAGAUGAUGAAGAAUUAAUAGAUUAA